UGUUUAUUUCCUGAAUUUAGUGGAACUGGAGCUUUGGCCAUCUUUCUGCACAAAUCUUUUCAACUUGACAUUACAACAUCAGACUAUGAUGAUGCGGAAAUUGAGGAGAACAUAGCUCAUAAUUGCCAAAUAAAUGGAGUUACUCCUGUCCUUCCUCACAUAAAACAUACCUGGGGAGAUGCCUUUCCCAUAUCUGAUCCAUGUUGGGACCUGAUUAUUGCAAGUGAUAUUUUGUUGUGUAAGUACACAUUUCAGAUCGGCAUUUCCACAUUGGAUAAAUAUUCCUCACUGAAUAUAGAUAUGCUUUCCAGUUGUAUAGCGACGUACUUUUAAUGUCAAUCAGGUACCUUGUUUGUUACCCCAACCCAAUUGGGUACCAUAUAGGAUUAGAUUUUAGGGUGGGCUAAAAUUUUGAUUUGGCUUGGAACUCUUGGGCUAGUUUUAUGAAAUAAAACUAAAAAUUUUGGACCAAUUUUAUAAAGUAGAGAAAUUUCUAUUUUUUCCCAUGUUUCACACUGGGCUACAGUCCGGUGUGAGAUAUACAUUAUUCAUAUUAGUUUAUAGCAAGGAUUAAACUAGUGCUUCUUUACCAAACAAACAAACAACAAACUAUGUUUUAUCCUCAAAAAAUUUGGGGUCAGCUACGGGAACCUUAUUUCGCCGUCUGCAUCAUUGCUUCUUGUACUGGAAGAACCAAACCAACUAUAUUCUUAGCAACCAAAACAAGCCAUAUGUUAUUUUGCCCCAUCUUAUCGAGUUCUAACUUGUUCUAGUGAGAUCACGUUGUAUGACUUUUUAGGCCUACGCAUACUGUGUCCCAAUUAUCUAAGUUACCAUUCCGUUAAUUUAUCGUCAAUUGGCGCCAUUUUACUUGUUGAUGUAUAGUUUCAGUUCUUAUGUCAUCUGUUCUCAUAUGACCUGGUUCCCAUCUUAUCAUCCUCAUUUUUCCUACGUUUCAUCUUAUGAAUAUCUUCCUAACAGCUCCACAUUUUGUUACCAUAAAGCACAAGAAGUUUAAUCAUUGUUUUCUAGAGCUAACUUUUUAACCUUACAGAAGAUCUCAUACUCAUUAAGCCGUCUUUGGUUUCUCAUAAAAAAACAUGGAAACCAUUCCUCAACAUUGGCCAGGAACUUGAUAGAUCCAAAACAGAACAGGAGUUGUAUUAUGAGAAUUCAACCACCAAACAGUGAUUACAAGAGAAAUGAAUCUACUAUUAGGGAAGCAGAUUCUUUA